UGUGAGGAAGAGGCGAGAGCGACCCCUGGAUCGGCGAAAGCCCACGCGCCACUGCAUCCCUGUGUCCAGCGCGUACGUCCAGCCGCCGUCGCCACCAUGCCCAAGAGAAAGGCUGAAGGGGAUGCUAAAGGAGAUAAAGCCAAGGCGAAGGACGAACCACAGAGAAGAUCUGCAAGGUUAUCUGCUAAACCCGCUCCUCCAAAGCCAGAGCCCAAGCCUAAAAAGGCCCCUGCAAAGAAGGGAGAGAAGGUACCCAAAGGGAAAAAGGGGAAGGCUGAUGCUGGCAAGGAUGGGAAUAACCCUGCAGAAAAUGGAGAUGCCAAAACAGACCAGGCACAGAAAGCUGAAGGUGCUGGAGAUGCCAAGUGAAGUGUGUGCAUUUUUGAUAACUGCGUACUUCUGGCGACUGUACAGUUUGAAAUACUAUUUUUUAUCAAGUUUUAUAAAAAUGCAGAACUUUGUUUUACUUUUUUUUUUUAAGCUAUGUUGUUAGCACACAUAACACUUCAUUGUUGUUUUUUGGGGGAAGGGCACAUGUCACUAAUAGUUUGUC